AUGGAAAACAAUUUAAUCCAACAAAUUGAGGAGCAAGAAGUCCUCAGGUCAAUCUUUUGGAACCAGUGGCGGAAAACCCAAGAGGUUGAAAACACUUAUAGCAUGAAAGUCGGAAAGGACGUCGAAGUGUGGAUUACUUUGAACGACUUCUAUCCGUUGCAAAAGCCUCCCAGUUACGAGUUAUGGGCGCCGAAUUUGUCGAAAAACGACAAGGAUUUCGUCGACAGAGAAUUUGAAGCGAUAUUUGAAUCAAACAAAGGCUUUCCCAUCAUCUUCCAAUGGAUCGAAAAACUAAAGGAAAUUGUAGAAGCUAAAGACAAACUGAGGGCAAUUAAAACCAAAACGGAAAACCGAUUUUCAGUUGAGCAGAAAAAGUUAUCUGAAAACCGGAAAUCAGUUGUGGGAAAAUGGAAAACAGCACAGAAGCCAACUUCACGGAAACACUUAGAAAAAGAAAAAUGGGAAAUCACUCAUGGACCAGCUAUAAGUGACCGUAAAAGUACUUUCCAGGCACAUGUUUGUAGAGUAACCGAUAUCAGUCAGAUUAAUGAAUUCAAAGAGAAACUUCUAGAAAACAGAAAGAUCGCCCAAGCCAAGCACAACAUCGUCGCUUACAGGAUUGCGACAGACAAAAACAAUUUACUGCAAAAUAGUGAAGACGACGGAGAAGCCCACGCAGGAGGAAAGUUGCUGUACUCCUUGGAUGUACUGGGUGUGCGAAAUGUAGUCGUGGUGGUUUCACGAUGGUACGGUGGCAUUCAGUUGGGUCAGGACAGGUUCAGGCAUUACAAUAAUGCUGCACGUCAGGCUUUGGCCGAAGCCGGAAUCAUCGGGUGA